AUGCUUGGCAUACCUAUUCCUGGGACUCGGGGAGGAGCAGGAAGGCUAUGGUCGGCGGCAUGCUCCUUCAAAGUUGAAGACUUUCUCCAAGUCUAUUAUCAGUACUCCCAGUUAUCAAGUCUGCAAGGGAACAUAUCUUCGGAGCUGACGUUACUUACGUCAGUACCCAAAAGUCCAGGGAAACGAGUGAUGGCCAUGCGGCUUUUCGCCAUGCGACACGUCGUUGUGUUGGUGUUGUGCCUGCUGAGGCUUCUCGGGGGAAACCAUGCCGCAACGAUGGACGAGAUCUCGGCCUUGGUUCAGGGAGACAUCCGCACCCAACAGAGGCUGUCCCUUGACGACAAGGGACUCAGUGGCCCAAUCCCUCCGGAACUGGGUCUCUUGACCAACCUGACGCAUUUGAACCUCGCCGCGAACGCGCUUACAGGCCCCAUUCCUCCGGAGCUCGGAAACCUCGCGAAUUUGCAGAGGCUGACUUUGUCUAAAAACAGGCUGUCGGGGGAGAUUCCCGGGGCUCUGGGCAAGCUAGCCGGGCUAGAGUACUUGGAUCUUGAUGACAACCAGCUCUCGGGGCCACUUCCCCCCGCCCUGUUUGCCAACCUGGCCAAGCUGGGCUGGUUAAGUGUGUUCAACAACAGCCUCACGGGUGCCAUCCCCCGAGAGGUCGCGGGGCUCACCUCCCUAGUCGUAUUGGACGCCCGGUACAACCGCCUGUCUGGACCUAUUCCGGCGGAGCUGGGUCGACUUGGCAAUCUGCUCCGUAUGGAUCUGUCCCGGAACCAGCUCACAGGGGGGAUCCCCCCCGAGCUGGGCAACCUGCCUAGUCUUCGAAGGUUGAACGUCUCCAGCAACUAUCUGAACGGCUCGCUUCCCCCAGCUCUUGGGCGGUUGGCAUCUUUGGAGUAUCUGGAAGCCUUCGCAAAUCAGCUUUCGGGCGAAAUCCCCCCCGAGUUGGGUCAGCUGGGGAAACUUGUGUGGUUGGAGUUGUUCAAUAACCGAAUCUCUGGCGGGAUCCCUCCCGAAUUGGGCGACCUGACGGCUCUUCAGGUGCUCAGCCUCUCCCGAAAUAAUCUAACGGGGCCCAUUCCCCCGGCUUUGGGCAAAUUGAGCAACCUGGCUGACCUAUACUUGUGGAACAACAGCCUUACGGGAGGCAUUCCGGCCGAGCUCGGGAAUCUUCAGCGCCUCGAGAUGAUCGACCUAUAUAACAACAACCUUACGGGCCCCAUCCCCCCAAGCCUCGGCGGACUUCCCUCCUUAACCUACGUCAGCAUGGCCGCCAACAGUCUCAACGGCUCGAUUCCCCCGCAGAUCGGCGCGCUAAACAACCUCGAAACCCUCUAUUUGGGGGAUAACGGCCUCUCUGGCCCGAUUCCCUCGGAGCUGGGACGCCUGGGAAAACUCCAAGUCUUGGACCUGUCAUACAACGGCCUAUCCGGCCCGAUUCCCCCGGCGAUUGGCAACCUCACCGCGCUUUCAUACCUCAACCUUCUGGCCAAUUCGUUGAAUGGUACAUACCGCAAGAACCUACCGGAGACACUAGCCGGUUUGACCAACCUUCGGGAGUUCCACUUCCGGGGUCCCACCCAGUUCACUCAAUUCAACUACAAUCCCGGCUUGUCCGGCCCUAUCCCUCCACAAUUGGGCGCUUUACGCAACCUGCGCAUCCUUGAUUUCCGGAAGCACAAGUUCUCGGGGCGCAUCCCCCGGGAGCUCGGCGCGCUUGGCGCCCUAGAGGAGUUACACCUUCAGAGCAACAACUUCUCUGGGCCCAUCCCCGGGGAGCUCGGCAACCUGCGCAGCCUUCGGGUGCUCAACCUGUCUGACAACAACGGCAUUUAUUACACUGCUUAUCCUGACGCCCCGAGGGGUCUCGUCGGUCCGAUCCCCCCGGAGCUCGGCCGCCUGUCCAACCUCACGGCCCUGGACAUUUCCGGAAUAUUCAAUUUCUCGGGACCAAUUCCAACGGAGCUUGGCGCUUUAACCCGUCUGGAAGAGCUUUACCUUCAAUAUAACAAUCUUACUGGGGCAAUCCCGCCCGGUUUGGGCAACCUGGGCCGGUUGCGGGUCUUGAACCUUGCUGCUAAUCAAGAGCUUACCGGGCAGAUUCCGCCGGAGCUUGGCAACCUGGCGCGGCUGGAGGUGUUGAUACUGAGGGAUAGAAUAUUCGGCGUUCAAGCGGCGAAGUUGUCGGGGUCUAUUCCUGGGGAGCUCGGUCGACUGUCCCGGCUUAGGAUUCUGGAUCUGGGCGGUUUGGGUAAUCUGUCGGGGGGCAUACCCCCGAGUUUUGGGAGCUUAAACCAGUUGUCCGUCUUCAGAGUCCCGAGCUGCAACCUGUCUGGUCCCCUCCCGCCGGGCCUAUUCAGAUCCAUGGCAAACCUCGUAUAUCUGGAUCUCUCCGGAAACAGUUUGUCGGGCCCCAUUCCUCCCGGGCUUGGCAGCAGCUUACAGUUGAGGGAGAUUUCUCUCGGGGAAAACAACCUUGACGGCCCUAUCCCUGUUGAGAUUGGCAAGCUCUCGAGCCUCACCAGUUUGUUUCUCGGCUUUAACAACCUGUCUGGGCCCAUACCUCCAGAGCUUGGAAACCUCUUAGAGUUGCGCUCCCUAGGACUAUCCAACAACAAACUAACGGGGCCCAUUCAAGUUCCCAUCGGCUUUGGGACCGGGAAUUCGUCUUUUGAACGACCGUCUCUCAAUCUGUCCAAUAACCUCCUCUCCGGCUCGAUUCCUUCGGAGCUGUUCUCCGGUCCCAGGAGAGGCUGGGGCAUGUUUACUACACUUGACCUCUCCAAUAACAGCCUUUCUGGGCCUAUUCCAACAGCAAUAGCAAGCGUUUCCAUCGAAUUCCUGCACCUGGCCAACAAUAACCUGUCCGGCCCCCUGCCCCCUUUAGCUGGCCCACUAUCUCUUGUUCGAGAGAUGGACGUUUCCAACAACCGCCUGUCGGGACCCAUCCCCCCUUCCCUUGCCGAGCUUUACUUCUGCAAGAAUAUCCGCCUCCGAAACAACAGUUUUACCGGGCCCCUCCCCCCCAGGCUCAAGACUACAAUAGCAUACCGGUGGGCUGGUCCCGAGCUUCUCGACCUCUCCCACAACCAGCUCUCGGGCCCCCUCCCAGACGACCUCUGCAUCCCGACCGUCGACCUCAGCUUCAACAAUAUAACCGGAGAGCUCCCCCAGUCCUUCACCAGAAACUGUACCCUGUUUGACAACCUGGACCUGAGUGAGAACAGCCUAAACGGUGCACCCCCCCCCGACUUCCUCACAACCCGGAGACUCGUUGGUUUCGACUACCCGGUUCCCCGCUACCUACUUAACGCCACCAAUCUUACGAGCCUGCGACUCGGGGUGAGCGAGCCGACAGUGUCAACCGUCGACCUGUCGCACGUUCCUGCAGGGUGCAAGCUGGUAACCCUGGUCGGGGCGGCCCCCCGGUUGAUCGACAUCAGGUUUUGGGCGGGGUGCAAAGAGGGGUGCGUGGUCGACAUUAUCGGCACCGGGGCGAGCUUAUCGCAGAGAACCCGCCAAGAGAUCUGCCUCAACAAGAUCUCCGUUUUCGUUCGGGGGGAUUCCCCGGUCAUCGUCUCCCCGACGACCCCCGACGGCCGGCCGUUGCCCCCCUACCUCACAAACUCCCAGGGCAUCUACCUGUUCAACGACAGCGCCUUUCUGGACAAGAUCGAUCUGGGUCCGGGGAGUCUAACCUACACCGGGGUCUCCUUCACCGGGGUCCAGAACGGAAACCUCUGCCGGAACCCCGACGCGCGUCUCACCGUGACCGUCGCCUGGGGGGCGUUUGCCGCGGCCCUCGCGCUCGUGCUUGUCGCGUGUACGCUCGCGCAGUGCCUGAUCCGCGGGCGCGGCGGGGGGGGCUCUUGGCUCGACAAGCGCCCGAGGCUCGCGGCCGCGAGCGCGGCCGCGCUAUAUCUGUGGGGCGUCGUGACGUCACUCCUGCCCUACGUGGACCUGUACACUGACGUCACGGUCUUGCGCCAAGUGUGGGGCGCGUGGCCGCGCAACGUCCUGCUCCCGUCCAUCGUCGCGCCGUUCCUAGUUGCCGGCCUCUUCGCGGCGGACGCCUGGGCCGUCGGAGGGGGGGUCUUCGGCCUGCCGUUCUGCCCCCCCGGGUUCCGUUUCGAUUUCGCGAGCGCGCCCCUAUUCAAGGGGUGGCGCUGGCUGAAGCCGCUCUACCUCUGGCCGCUCGCCAUCCUGCGCUUUCCCAUGUUGGACGCUCUGGGAAUCGCCGCGGGCUGCGGGUGUCUUGCGCGGGCAACACUUGACCUUUAUGGCGAGCCAGACGCGCUCGUGGGCAUGGAGGAGUACAUGUCCUCGCGCCAGCACCUGGACAAUCUCCUCCGGUCACUCCCCCAGUCUAUCUUCCAGUCAGUGCUGUACGUACAGGGCAGCUCCCGGGGGACGCGUAUCUACAUCGACCGGGCGAUUUUCCUGCCCUCCAUUGUGCUCUCCCUUGCGUCAUUAGUCGCUCACGUCGGGAAGCUGUACUGGGAGGCCCUCGAGGGUGGGCAGAACUUUUUGGUGCUGUUCUUGGCUCGACCCCGCAGAAUGCGGGCGGUCACCUUCUUCACCGAGAAACAGCCUGAGACGACGGCUGAGGACGAGGGACUUGCUUGGGAGGACGGAUCGGAGGGAGAGGAUUCCGGGCCAUUCCCGCCUAACUUGAGGCGCAGAUGUCCGUUCUCCGCUAUCGUAACAAGGUGUUGGAGGACUGGGCGGCCUUAA